AUGUCCAGUGCCCGAUUGCUGCUGUUGUCACUCGUUUCUACAGCACUGGCCGCCGAGACAUUCCAUCGAAAGUCCAACCUCACUGUCGCACUGGCUGAUGUGGUGCCCGCCUGUGCGGAGGACUGCUUCAUCUCGUUUCUCAGUGCAAACUAUGGUCUUGCGCGGGGCGAGGAGAUUCCGUCCCUCGAGGAACUCUGCUCCACGGAUGGCAACACGGGAUUCACGGUUGGGGAGGGCGCGGUGCAAUGUAUUGCCGCCGAGCAGGCGGUGGGAGGGUGCUCCGACAAGGAAGCCGACUCGUACUAUAUGUGCAGGGACGAGCCCGGCGCUCUUACACCCACCCACGGUGUCAUCACGGCCACGUUGGCUGUGCCGCCGUCCGGAGGAGGACCUAUAUCGUAUCCCGCGCCUUCGAAAACGAAAAGGCCAUUUACACGGAUGCACCCUCCUACGACUUUGAUCAUUGAGACGCACUCUCCGACGUUUUCGCCGUCCUGGAGCCCCGAUACCACCUUCAGCACGGCUGUUGUGAGCACCACCACGGAAAUCACGGGGACCAGCUCUUCCACGGCAGAGCCUGCGGCGGCUGCCUCUGGUGAUUCCAUUACGCCGGUCCAAAAGGCGGGUAUCGCAGUGGGAGUAAUUGGCUUUGCGGCCGUUGCCAUUGGGCUUUUAUUAUUGUUCAGGCUGUACAGGGCGAGGAAGAAGCGUGGGGGACACACACCAUUGGCGAGCUCGCCGCGGAGACGAGAUUCCUGGGGAUACAAGUUUGACAAGAGCCGUCGGGAGAGCAGCAGCGAGCCAUCCUGGAUGGCGAACCCGGUUCAUCCGCCGAAUGAUUCUGCUCAGGGGCCAUCUGCAGCUGCAAUGACCGGCGCAAUAGCAAUAGGGGGACAAGCAGGGGCGAGAACACAGCAACAACCACAAGCGGCGAUGCCAAAAUCACCGCCGCCAGGGGCGUACAACCGGUCGAGUUGGCGGCCGAGCCUCAUCGGUCUCGCCCUGUCGCCCUCGCACUCCAAGAACACCGGCCAAGGCACAGCAACACCGACGCGGCCCGUCUCGAAGCUUCUCCCUGCCAAGCCGAUACUCUCCUUGGAUAUUCCCAAGAAGCCGCCUACGCCGCCGCCAAAACAUACACCACCGCCCCCCGGAUCGUCCUCCAGGAAGCAAUCAGCGACGACUCCAUCGCGGGAAUACACACGGAUCGCAUCCCACCCCCCUGUUCUGCCGAAGCUGCAGAUUCCGCAGGGACAUGACUUCCUCCACAUUCCCAAAUCGACCAACAAGCCUCGCGAAAGCACAAUGACCGAGUUCGAAGAGGACGGACGUGAGUCAUCGACCGUCUUCUCGCUGGAAUCUCAGAUCUGGAGUGCCCCUUCUGCCGCGCCCUCGUCCGCCGCUGCGAAGUGUCACGCUGUUGACAGGCAUGGGAACUGGAUGCCCAGUGACUCGAACCUUGUGCAGGCUGCAGAACUGGAGGGCACGACGCCACUGAGUGCGUAUCCCAAGCUGGCUACGAGCAUGGCCGUCCUCCCGGUUGGGACGAACGGCCGAGGUGAACAACCUGGCCAAGGGACCGCGAAACGUCCCUCUCACCGCCGCUCGUCGUCUGCGCCUAUGCCACCUAAUCCCGCCCAGCAGUCCAUAAGGGUGGUGACCGAACCGCUCGCGACACUGAAGGAUGGUCGGGAUAAUGUCAUCCCGAGGCCCUUGUUCUCUGAUAUGGGAGGGAAUCCUCGAAACGCGUCGGCGACUGCUUCUGCGAGGCACUCCUUCGGCCGGAGCUUGACGAGACCCCGGGCCACGUCUGGGGAUAGCGGGAUCACAAACAUCAGUGUUUCGUCCGACGAGGAGCAUGAGCUACAGCCACCCAGGAGGAUGUCGCAGGCAAACUUGUCUCCGGUAACGGAGUCGCCCCGUUCAGGAAACGGCAAGUCCCCGGUAUCGUAUCCCAAGAUCCCGGGCAGAGAGAAUGGCCUCUCCGGCAAGGAGAGAUCCGCCCAACCGCCAAGAAUGCCGAUUUUGUAUAAGUCGGCUCACCAUAGGACUGCGUCGGGAGGGAUAGGAAACAGCGUUGCCAUGCUGACAGUCGGGUCUUUGGCUCCGAAUCCCAACCCGAACAUGCCCAAGGACACGAAAAAUGCUACUAGUACAUCGGCGACAAUGGCUGGGCCGCCGCCGAAUGCAUUUAAGCCCAUUAUUCCCACUACCAAGGUCACUACAGCCUCGCCGCACCAGUGGGCGAGUGCGUCUCGGGGGCCACGGCCAAUGCAGAAUCCGGGCCUCCCUCGAACUGGCUCCCCGACGAUGCGGAUUGUUGAACCUUCUCCCGAGCCUGACGAUGACAGGGCUAUGCUGCCAUCAUCCGCUCGACCUCGAAGCGUGCAGAGUGUACAGCAGCCACAGCCUCAGAGGCAACAGACUCAGUUGCAGCCUUCCCCGUUCCCGGCUUCUCAGCAACGAAGUCAACAGGUGGCGACACCGGCAGUCGAGCAGCGGCCGGAAUUCCAGGCCCGAUCUAAAACGCCAGCACCGGUACAAAGUCAACCGUAUUCUCAACCCUAUCAACAUCCGAUACAGCCUCAACUACAGCCUCGGGCUCAGAACGAACCUUGUCCGCAGCCACAACUACGGCCACAGCAGCAGCAGCAGCAGCGUGUGCAACAAGCUUCUCAAGCUCAGGCUCAAGCUCGAACAAGCCCGGUACGACAAAGUCAGCAACGGCAAAUUGCUCUUUCACACCCACCUCACGUCCGUCAACACCAAAUUCACCCGGAGCAAGAAACUUUCCCACAUCAACAACAUGGACAUGCAACGCAACCUCACCUUCAGGUUCAACCAACCCCUUUACAACCAACCCCUUUACAACCAACCCCUUUACAACCAACCCCUUUACAACGGGAGAACCAAGAAUUCCCCCUAUCCCAAGUCCCUCCUGCUCAAGCUCGGCCAGAAAGGGGAGCUGCCCAACUGCAACAAGAACAACCACCUCAACGAGACACUCGGCCACAACAGCCACCGAGAGACAACCACCCACCACAAGAGCAAACGCAACAACAACCCCCAGUGCAACAAACCCAACGGCCAGACGCUCCCAACUGGAUCCCCGGCCUGCCCGCACAUCCUCACCCCCUCCGCCGGCCCCAACACACGAGCACACUCUGGCUACCGCCGCAAGCCCGCAAGCGCGACUCCCGCAAGAAGAGGAAGACGAUCGAGACAGAGCCAGACCAUCACGAGCAGUCUCCCAUGCGGCCUCUGCGGCGACAACCCGUACACCCGCCGCCACAAUCGCAAUUCCAAGCCCGGCAGUCGUUCCAAACCGCUCCAUUCCAACCACAGCAGAACCACCAACACCAACACUCUGCAAUUCCACCGUUCAGAGUCCACCAGCCCAUCCCGCAACACCAACAACCACAAGACCAAACGGCAGCAGAUCCAAGCCAACAACAGAUGUACAUCCACCGCCCCCAGCAAUGCGCCUACCCGUACCCUGACCCCCGGCAAUAUCCAAACCAGGGCCCGGGACACCACUACCCCCCUUCCUACCCUCGUCAACAACAACAACAACCACAACCACAAGGCCAACCUCGACAACAAUUUCAACAACCCCCACUAGACCAGUACUUCCUCCAGCAGCAGCAGCAGCAGCAGCAGCAGCCACCCCAGGUCUCCAUCGUCGCCAAGCGGCUCGGGCGCGACCGAGCCGUCAACAUGUCCAUAUCAACGGACUGCACCUCCUCGGCGAGCGGUUCGAAUAACCGCCACCGCGCCAGCGGCGGGCCCAUGUAUUUAUCUCCAGAGGUCGUCACCCCUCGCGGGUCUUCGGGGGACCUGCCUUCGACGCCGACGUGGCUGCCUAGGUUGACGCCCACGAGGCGAGGUGCUGAUUUGUACCUCAACGUCCAGUAA